AUGGUAUUUGUAAAAUCAGUUGAUACCUCAGAUAUUGUGAAGAGUACCAGGAACUUGUUUAAAUUGUUUGAUGAAGUAGUUACAUGGGUUGGUCCAAAAAACAUAGUUCACAUGGUUACUGAUAAUGCUUCCAAUUAUGAUAUGGGAGACAUGCCUCGUGUGGAGAGACUCAAAAAACGUGCAUCUAAAGUUACAGUUUUUAUUUAUAAUCAUGUGGCUUUGAUUGCUUGGUUGAGGAAGAGACCUGGUUGGACAGAUAUUGUACGUGUAGGACCAACAAGAUUUGCUACUACUUUCCUUUCAUUUGGAAGCCUUCAUGUGCAUAAGCAUGACUUGCAAGCCUUAGUGACUAGCAAGUUCUUUGUGGACAAUAGAUUGGCAAGAGAGUCAAAGGCAAAAGAAGUAGUUUCUAUCAUUUUGGAUAAUUCUUUUUGGGAUGAUAUUAAUGUUCUUGUCAAGAUUUCAUCGCCACUCAUUCGUUUGUUACGGAUUGUUGAUUCUGAUCAAAGGCCUGCAAUAGGAUAUGUGUAUGAGGGCAUGCAUAGAGCACAGUUGGGAAUCAAGAAGAUUUUCCGAAUGAAGAAGCACUUGUACAAGCCAUACACCUCAAUUAUAAAAAACCGUUGGGACAAACAUUUGUGUAAAGAUCUUCAUGCUGUUGCAUAUUGGUUAAAUCCCACUUUUCAAUAUAAUGACGAGAAUUUUUGUCGGAAACCAGCAGUACAUAUGGCUGUUUUGGACUACAUUGAGACAAAAUAUGAUGGUGACAAAGAAAAGGUAAUUAAGGAAACCCAAUAUUUUCGAGACCGUAUUGGGAGCUUUGAUAUAUAUCUUGCAUUGUCAACAAGCACGACCACUCAUCCAGAAGAGGAAGACCCAUAUCUUAAUUAUGAAGAGUUGGAGAAUGCAAUUUAUGAAGAGGGUGCAUAUCCAGCAAGUGCAGGGCCUUCUUCUAAUAUUGAAGAAUCUAUAGAUGAUAGCAGUGAGGUUGAAGGAAUUGAUUUGGGAACAUUUGGACAACCUGUUGGCCCAUCUCCUGGAUUUUCAGGGAAUGAUGAUAAGCAUGAUAACUAUUAUGACAUUGAUGAUUUAUGA